CAAAAAAAUUGUGGAUUUGUUUCCAACGACGAUGGACGAAAAAAGUUCCACUGAAAGCUCUAAUACCCCAACAUCCAAGUCGCUUAACAACAGCGAUGACGUCAUCGAACACAUCAGAAAUUGGAUUCAGACAGACGACAAACCGAAAAUGCACGAAGAUGCCGUUAAACAUAUCGAGUCGUUUGUGGAUCGAAAAAUUUCUUGUUUGGAGUCGACUUUGGUCGAGAGACAAUACGUUAAAGUCGUAUUGGAAAUGUGGCUAAGAAAGAGUUUACGAAAGGCUGCUGAUUACCUUAUUGAUGAAGCAAUCGAUAUCAGCGUCGAAAUGCCCAUUUUAUUGAAAGAAUUAAAUUCCAUCAAUUCAUUCGAAGAUAUUGGCCUCAAACUGAAUGAAGCGACGUGCCAACUGACAAAUCUGUGUGACGGAGCAUGUCAAUAUUUACAACUAAUACUCAAUCAGGUGGAUCUUUUCAAAAAUACGCCACGUUUCUCGGUUCUUGUCUCCAGUUAUUUCAAGCAAUUUAAAGAGUCUUGCAUUGGCAAAGUCUUUUCCAGGUGUCUAGAUGAUGUCACUAAAGAUCAACUUAACGGCAAGAGAAACUGGAAAUUUAUUGUCGCAUUAAAUGCACUUUUACAAGUCGCCAGCGGAGACCUAAGAAUUCAAAAUGUUUUGGAGGAAAACUUCACGGGAAAGGACGCCAAAGACUUUGAUGACGCAAACGGGCAAGAAGUGAUCAACCAACUGGUGGAUAUCUUUGCAAAUUGCAGCGAUGCGACUGAAAAUGAAUCAUCGAAAUGGUUGAAUCAGCUAAAAUCAGAAAAAGAAUGGACACCUAAAUUGCAAGUCUUGGCCAAAGAGACGUGCAAGGCAUUCCUAUUCCCUAAAACGGCGAUCGAAGUCAAAGACGAAUAUGGUAGAAAAAUAAUAUUCAUUAAAGGCACCUCUGUCUUUGUCAGCAAAAUUAUUGACGAAAUGAAACGACUGAAAGAAGAAAAUCCCGAAGUGCAAGAAAUUCAGAUUGUCGGACUGUCAUCCGUUCACGUCGAUUGCCACCUGGAGAACGACAUCUGGUACGGAACGAACGUGGGAAUCGUUGCUGAUAAAAUUUUCGUAGACCACGAAGAAUGCCGAAAUGGCCAUCAGAAAUAUAACGUCGAAACGGAAGAAGGACCUACCGAGCCGAUGGAGGCUAAUAAUUUUGUUGACGAUUUCGCCGUCUGCUGGGAUGUCUCGGGCAAAAACGGAGAACCUGGUGGACCUGGUAUGAGCGGCAGCAACGUACACAUCAUUUGCAACGAGAUGUUCAACGCCAAACGAUGGAAGGUUAUUGCUGAUGGCGGCAAAGGAGGUGACGCGCAGAAUGGCAGUAAUAGGGAAAGCCAACGAGAAGGAGUGGCUAACAAAUGGUCCAAAGAAUAUUUCAAUCAAGUGUUUCCUUCCAUGUCGACAUUCGGAACUGGAGAACAAACGGAAGACACAGUUUCAGACGAUGCAGUUAAAACAGUUCUGACGACGCUAAACGAGUUGUUGCCAGUUGGCAACCGAAAAUCUGGUAAAGAUGUCCAACCAGACAAUCCAGGUAAUUUUUACAUUGACGGCACUGCGAAAGACGGCAGUAAUAUCACCGUCUCGUACUAUCAGUCCAAAACAAAACGCCACACACUUAUUCUCUGCCAAGGUAGCAGUAUUGGACAAGGGGGAUUCGGAGGUAACAUCGUCUUUGAAUACAUGACUGAAAGAAACUCGUUCGCAACAGAAUCUGGCAUUCCAGACGUCGGGAAGGAAAAUCGUCAACCAAGGGCUGUGCGGAUGGGUGUCUACCAAGCAAUGGGUUCGGAUGGUAAAAUGGGAACACCUGUAGGCGACGUUGGUUUCAUCCACAGUCUAGACACUUCUGAGGCAUCUGCAAACCAAAAUCUGACAGGUCAAUACAUCGGCUUCGAAAAUGAUGUUAGCCUUCUGAUGGAACACAAUCCUACGAAGCCUACAAGGCAGCCAAAUGAUCCUGAUAAUCAUUACGCCAAAAUACGGAAAGGAGAAUAUGCAUCGAUUGCUUACUGUGGUCUACCCGCAUACGGCCAGGCACAACCACUGCGUUCGACGGUGCUAAAUGCCACGAAAAAGAAGGCCAUCGUUCGCCAAAGCCUUGUCCAGCACGUUGUUCAAGUGGACGAACGGAAACAGAUGACACAAUUUUUUCAAGAAAAAUUAACCAUGGGCUGGGAGGAACAAAAGUUGACAGAAAAUGUCGACGAUUUAGUUACCCAAAUGGAAGAUAAAGAAACUCAACUUUAUCAAUUAACGUCGCAGUGCAGUCAGGGCGUUGAGAACAUUGGAUCAAUGAGUUUUGUGAAACCAGCAGUAAAAAAGAAACUGGAUGUGCAUGGCGUUCCAGACACUUCUCGUUCUUCCGUCGGCCGCCGAUCAGUUGGACGUCGUCCUGUUGAUUUCCGGCAAAAACCACCUGUUGACGUUCGAUGCCUCGAUAUGCUGCCAACAACGAGCGGCGUUGAUAGCGCUAUACACAGCAUUUUUGGCCAAAUGAAUUCAAGCGGAUCGUUUGUUUGCAAUAAUGUGAAAAUAUUUCGCCAACAUCUGGCAACAUUCAUUCGGCAGAAUUCAACACGGCCACAAGACCCAUCAAACCCGAGUCGAAUCGAAUUGGUGAAAUUCAAUCGCAAAAUGAAAGAUCAUGACAAAAUCUUUGUUUUCGUUAAGCAGUUUGUUCUCCGCGUACAAAAGAGUAAUGCAUUGGAUUAUCCCGUAGCUUUUAGCGUGAAAAAUGCUUAUUCCGAAUUUCGACGGAUGAACAACGAGGAAAAAGAAUUCGACUGGCAAAACGCCACAGAAUACCAAAAAUUAUUUGAGGAAUACGCCAAGUUUGUUGAAACUCCAUGGAAUUCAUUGGAAUCGACUGAAGUGGAAAUGUUAGCAAUCAUCCAUGGUAUAUCAGUCCAUGUUUACACCGAUCAAUUAUCGUCUUUCAAGCACAAGAAAACAUUGAAUCCUGGCGGUUCCAAAAAGCACUGCAUUCUUCAUCGCGGACACGGAGAAUGGCAACGUGUUGAACCCAACACAAUGGUGGCAAAUUUCUGCGAACAAAUUGAUGAAGACUUUUUUGAAAAUCAGCCGAUUCAAAGCGAUUAUUUCCGUAAAUUUUUAGAGUCUCUUGAAAAACACAGCGCUUACCAACAGGUCAUCACUUCCAUGAAGACGCUCAACCCUGAAUACGGCGAUACACCGGAUAAAUUGUUUAAAUUGCUUUUAAAAAGUUUCCAGCAACAUGAAGAAAUUGGCGAAAACUUGGCGAAUGUAAAAUGGAGAGAAGAAUAUUCAACCGAUCUCUGCUGGUUGUCUGAAUGGGUAGCAGAACACAAUAAUCGAAAUCUUAGUCCCAUCUUCUACUUGAAUAUUGUCAAAAAUAAUUUACCCGUCGACUGGAGAUGUGAUUUUGUUAUGCUUGAAAUUUAUGACCAAUUUUCUCAGGGAGUUCCCGAUAUUCUUGCCAACAGCGAUAUACAACACUUUUUAUAUCGAAUAGCCGAUGGGAUGCCAUCUCUGGUGCCAUUAUUGCGAAAAACGGUUGCUACAUCCGACAGCUGUGCCGCAUUGCAGCCACAGAAAUUGUUGCGGCUCAUGGAAUUAAUAGCAAAUGAUGUCAAACAAGGUGGCGGAUUCACAAGUCAGCAGUUGCCGGACCUCCAACUAUUGCCUCUCAGCGAUUGGUAUCACCAUUUAAGAAGCAAAAUGUGGGAAAAGGAAGUCAAUCGGUUCCUCAUCAGUGAUUCUAAUACUCCAAAGGAAGAUAUCAAACUUAGGAAUGAUGCCGUUUACAUGUUGCUGGAACUCGAAUUCGAAAACAACGAAAACUUUUGUGAAGACUUACUGAACUCUGGUGACUCUCCGGAUCUGAAGACUGCCGUUUUUCGUUUGCAAAAUGCUCUAUAUCCGGGAGCGAGUCCUAGCCAAGAAUAUGACGAAAGAAACAUUGACGAUAUCAUAAAAAAGAUGGAAAGAGAUGCACCAACGAAUGACCAGUUAAUCAUAACAAAGGUGUAUCCCCGGAUGUUGUCUGACGUGGGAGAAAGAGUGAAGGAAUCUAAAUCAAUGUCAGAACAAAUGAGAGAAUCUGACGAACAAGAAUAUAAGCAGCAGCAGCAGAAAAAAAUUAAGAAUUUGAUUAAGCAAUGGCAGAAAAAUGGUUUAGAACUGAAGGAGGAAAAGUCAGCAGUGGAUUUCGUCUUUGUCUACGAUUACGCCGUACAAAAAAUUUGUACGAAGGAGGGAGACAAACAAUUGUUUCGACUACGGGACACUCAGAGAGUGGCGAUUAUGACGUUGCUGACAUCUGAAUACAAAAAUACGUUAACACAAGUAUCAACAGGUGAAGGCAAAUCGCUCAUCGUCACUGGUGUCGCAAUCGCAUUUGCCCUUUGCCGAAACGAAGAUAAAAAGAAUAAGAAAAUCGAUGUUUUUACAAGUAAUGAAGUGCUGGCUCGUCGUGAUUCUACACUGUCGGUGGCAGAUGGUGGACUGCGAGAUCUUUACGAAUAUUUCAACGUCAGUGUGGCAAACAAUUGCAGCCAAUGGGUGGACGAACGAACCCAAGCCUAUAAUGCAGCAGUCGUUUAUGGACAAUUGGCCAAUUUCCAGCGAGAUUAUUUACUGGAUAAAUUCUACGGUCAUAACAUUCGAGGUGACCGCACCAUGGACCUUGUCGUUAUUGACGAAGUGGAUUGCAUGUUGCUCGAUCGCGGUAAUACUGUCCUUUACCUAUCGCACGACAUCCCCGGCAUGGAGAUGCUCGAAUCUCUUUACGUCUUCAUCUGGGAAAAGAUACGCAGCUCUUCCACCAGCUCGGAUAAAUUAAUAGUAAAAGAAUUCGUUAAAUCAGCCGUCCUGUACGACCUUUACGGUGCUAUAACUAAAGACGAUUUAGAAUUGAUUCACGGCCCAUUGAAGGAUCAACCAUUGGAAAAGAAUGCGCUCUGGAAUCACUUGAUUGAAACGAAAGUAAUCGACCCACAAGGGCGACUAUUCGUGGAAGAUAACUUUGAAAAAAUCAAUUUCAAACCAGAAAUGGAUCCCAAGAUUAUCUUCUAUCUCCGUAACGUGGCGAGACGCGAGCGGAGUAUUCGAUUACCUGAACAUUUGAUGUCUUUUGUCGAUCGUCAUCUCGACAGUUGGCUGGACAAUGCCAUGCAGGCACUGGAACUCAAACGAGACGAAGACUAUGUCGUCGAUCAGGACCGUACAGACACCAGCCCAGAUCUCCAUCCUCAAGUAAUUAUCAUUGAUCAAGACACAGGGAUGGACCAGAUCUCAUCACAAUGGGAUGGAGCGCUACAUCAAUUUAUUCAGCUAAACGAAGGCUGCAAAUUGACACCACAAAUUCUAAAAGCCAUUUUCGUUUCUAAUGCGACUUACGUCCAGGCUUAUAAAAAAGCAGCAGGCGUUUCGGGCACGCUGGGAUCUGAAACAGAACGACGGUUCAUGCAUGACAAAUAUAAAAGCCUUCAGUUUGUCAUCCCAACAGCUUUUCAGAAACGUUUCUACUUGAAACCAUCGCAAGUCUUUAAAUCAAAGGACGAUUGGCUACUUGCCAUCGUCCAUGAAACACAACAUAUUACCCUUCCUGAAGAUCAAACUAAAGCUCGUUCUCUCGUCAUAUUCUGUCAAUCCAUCAAAGAUGUGAGCGUUAUUCAUUGUUACAUAAAAAAUGCAUUAAGGUCGAAGCUUAAUGGCAACCACAUUCAUUGCUACACACGUGAUUAUGAAAAGUUUGCUUUCGAAGGGAAAUCACUUGAAGUCGGUCAUGUGAUCAUCGCCACUAACUUGGCUGGUAGAGGCACGGAUAUCAAAAUAAGCGAGAAGUUGAGAGAAAACGGAGGUCUUCAUAUUUGUCUGACUUUUUUGCCGAAAAAUGAGCGGAUUGAAGAGCAGGCGAUGGGACGUUCUGCUAGAAAUGGCGCACCGGGAAGUGGAAUCUUUCUAUUGUGCGAAGAAUCGCCAACAGGAACGAAAUGGGGCGCAGGAAAAUGGUUAAGUAUGAAGGAGGAGCGUCAAUGGAAAGAAUGCCAACGGAUAUCCCGUUUGAAAGAAGAUUUCAGAACAAUGGAACAUGAACAGAAUUUUUUUGACGAAUUAUCGAUUUAUUACACUGAGCUGAAGCAAGAACUGAAAACCCAAAAACGUGCAGACCAGGAAAUUAAGACAAUCUGCGACAGUGUGCUGGAUAUAUGGGCUUUAUGGCUUGACAAAACAGAGGAUCAUUUGAAACUAACUUAUUCCUAUCAUAUUGGCUUACUCCGCAACUUUCGUGCUGGACUUGGACUGCCCGAAAGCAACACAAGAGAUUGCAGUUGGAUGACGCCAGUUCGUUCUGUUGUCAUGGCCAAAAAUCUGGCUCUGCAAAAGUCAUCGCUGUCGGAGGCAGCUGAAAUUCUGAAACGAGUCAUUGAUUCAAAGGACAGUGAUCUUUAUCCUGCUGCUCAUUACUACUUUGCAUUCAUUUUGAUUAAAGAAGAUUUCAAAGUAAACAAAGUUAAGUUCAUUCAAAUUUUACAAAAAUGCGAAACUAUUUUGAGCAACGGCAUAGACAUGCACUUGUCCUUUUACCGUAAAAUCGCCCAUACAACGCCUGACCCAGCCCCGUCAUUCUGCGUCGUCGACGCCUACAAACAACAAAAAGGCAAUAUCAUGAAAAUCCUGGAAUAUUUCAUCGGUUCCGUUCGAGCUCUAUUGGGCAGUCAUUAUUGCUCAGCUUCUAAUCUCAAGGAAGCUGGAAAGGAACAAAAAAAAGAAAAGAGCUUUAUUAAGAAAGCUGAAACGUUCCUACAGAAAAUCGAAUUAGAAUUUGUGCAUUUCCAAAAAAAAGGAAAAACAAAGUGUAAACCUGAACAAAAACCAAAAAUUAGUCCUAAAAGAGCGGAAAAACUGUUCGAACUAUUGAUAGAAAAAAAGUGUAUCAGCUGUCGGUUCAACGACAUCGAUACAAUCCCUAAUGGGGACGCUAUCAUUCAGCAAGUAGCCAAUGAACACGGAAUCCAGAAACUGAAGGAAAAUUUAAAGUCUGUCUUUGGGAAGAAUUUGACAGAAGAGCAGAUCGAAAAAGAAUUGAAAAAAGACCAUCUGAUCCCGUGCACGAGAAAAGCGUUCUGGGAAGAGCUGAAGAAAGAAGGUGCACUUCAAGCGGUGAAAGGUGGAUUAUGUCCUCAAAUGAACUGCGUCAUCGUUUUGGAAUCCGAAUGCGACGACGAAUCAACUAAACUGAACAGCAAAAAACUGAAUCGAGAAAAUCGGAUCAAAAUCGAAGACUUUCAGUUCGGAUUGGAUUCUUUUGAUGGCAAAAACAACUGUCUGAACGUGCUGUAUAAUCCCAUUUACGACAACAUGGACGACUUAUUGAAACAAAAGAAAAUCAUGUUCAGUAAAGACUACGUUAUUAAACAACUUGGCGAUGAAUAUCGUUGCCAAAAGGAGAAAUUCGAAUUUAACAAAAUUGCACAGCUUAACCUUAAAAAACUUGAAACCGUCAAUUUGAAACCUUCUUUCCCAAUGGGGAAGGAUGAUUUGACCCGGGCUAAUAUAAUUCCGAAUAGCGAACGUGACUGCGUUUGGAAGGCGUUGUCUGAUCAGCAAAUCAUCGAUUCGAAUGGCGAGUUAUUGUCCAAUUACCAAAAAUUCAGCUAUCCCGAAUGUCCUGCUUAUGAGAAACCUGUCAUGGGUGUAAUUAGUAGAAUUUUCGUCGCUGAAAUAGUUAAACGUCAAUGGCUAAAGGCUGAAAAACAUCCAAAUUGUUUGAAAGCCAUAAAUUUGCUUCCAUUGAAACCCUAUCGAGAUAUGCUUGGCGAUUUGAUGGCUGUCCACGUCAUCUCUGGUGCUCGAGUGAAUGAAGAUGCAAAAUUCAUUGAGGAGGGAACUAAAGACAUUAAAGAUGAAGAUGAACGGGAAUGUGUCCGGAAGUUUCUGAAAAGCCGCCAAGCUGUUUACGAUCCUCGGAUGAAAAAAUCUGACUUUUUUCUCGAUCUUAUCGAAAUGGAUAUUCGGAAGAUUCCAAAGACUAAUAACAUAUCUACGGAACUCUAUAUCUUCGAUCUUGUAGGAUUCAAUCACGUUAUUGACAUUAAAGAUCGAGAAAGGUCUUGGACGUCAUGGUUGGGGGCAACGUUUGCCGGUGUUGUUGGUGUAGCUUCGAUUAGUGUUGGAAUUUACCUGAUUCACGGUAAAAUGCUGUCCUUUGGAUUAAGCAAGAAUUUAUUGUUAAUGGGAGGAGUAUCAGACGUUUUGUACGCCAUAACGACCAUCAUGACGAACAGCAACUUCAGCUGGUCAGAUUUUACUCGUCAAAGGCUAAGGAGUGCCAUGGGAAAAAGGGAGCCAAUCGAAAUGAUCAAAGCAAUUUACAAAUUAUAUAAUUCAACUGAAAACGAAGAAUUUAGAAAGGCAAUGAAUUUGGCUGUUGGUCUAGAAAGAUGGAAACGACAAAACAGAGGCCAAACAAGCAAAGGACAUGAAACACUUCCAGGAAGGAUCGUAGAAGUGACUGGAUUGGUCAACCACCAAACCGAGUUCUACUUUCACAGCCAACUGCAUUACCUUUUACAAGAUGCUGACACCUUUAUGCUAGGAAAAUCCAAGAAAUGCGUCACCAAAAACUUGACCGAAAUUCAAAAGGCGCUGACCCAAUUCAACGAACUGCACGGACUCGAAACAUCUCAGCAUGUUGUUAAAGAGAAGUUGAAUGAAUUGAUUUCUGAUUGGACUACAGAAGGGCGCAAAAGGGUCGACAAAAUCGUCGACGAAAUUAGGUUGCAGCUAAAUGGCAUUCAACGAACAGAAGAAACCGCAUUGACACAAGAAAUGGCUGAUCAAGGAAUUCGCUUGAUGGAACCGAUUUUCAAUGACUACGAGAUGCGAAUGAGAUUGAUAUGCGUCAUUAUCGCCUGCAUUAGUGAAUUUCUAUUGGGCCUGGACAAUCGCGGCAGUUCUGAAGUCCCAAGAGCUGAAGACAUCGACGUUGAAGAAUUUAAUCAAUUUCAGAAAAAAAUGGUGGCCGACAUUGACUCUGAACUAGGAAGCCUAGUGGAAAGGAUUCUGGAAUGUUUGAGGCAACAAGUUCAUCGAGUCGCCUCUGACCAAGUCUCGAAGCUAGCAAUUGUUAAUUCCGAAAUGUUCACCACGUUUUUACAGUUGAUUUAACCGAAGGUGAAAACCCUUUAACUUUUAAAAGAUUGCCUUACAUGCUUUGAGAGGACGACGAACAUUUAAAAUUGUUUUCAAAUUGCUUUAUUUUUCACAACAUUUUUAGCUUUCCAUUUGACUGAUUCGUGAGAAGUUACGGUCCUUCUUGAGUUUUCGAUUCCUAGCAGAAUCAAGUUAUACCAUUUCACUUUAUCCCUGCUAUAGCACACUUGAGCUUAUUUUUUAAUUUACCCCGUGUAAAAAAAAAGGGGAAGAGAUGGUAAGAAAAACGUUCUAAUUGACCUUUUGAACUUCGAUUAGACGCUUUGCAAACGUUGCUGAUCGGUAGACGACAUUGCGUCUUACCGAGCCUAUAAAAG